CUGCGCGCAGCCUCGGGCCUGGCCCUUCUCGGCCGUCGGGGACCCAGUGAGGAACCCAUGUGGAGUCUUUGGAGCAGUGACUGCCAUCUGGUGGUAAGCCAGAAUCAUCACUUUGUGUAACCUGAUGGCUACUAAGAUGCCCACUCCUUGCUCAUGUUGUAUGCACUGGCGGUGGGGGGCCAGUUGAAGGAUGCUGGAGGGUGUCUGAUGAAGAAGCCUACUGAAAUAAUCCUUUGCCUUCCCCUGGAUGAGUUGUUCAUUCUGAAUUCUGAACCAGGAACCAAUCCAAAAUGAGGCCUCUGAAGAAAAGAUUUGAGUUGCUCUUGUGUUUUAGUCCAAGAUCUGCAUCUCUACUUGGGGAUAACCAAGACUGUGAAUAAGCACACACCAAGAGGGGCAUGUGGUGACAUGGAGCCUGAAAUAAACUGCUCUGAAUUUUGUGACAGUUUUCCUAGCCAGGAGCUGGAUCAAAGACCCAUUCAUGAUCUCUGCAAGACAACCAUUACAUCUUCCCACCAUAGCAGUAAGACCAUCUCUUCAUUAUCUCCUGUCCUCUUGGGUAUUGUUUGGACAUUUCUCAGCUGUGGACUUCUACUGAUGCUUUUUUUUCUCGCCUUCACAAUUCGCUGCAGGAAGAACAGGAUUGUGAAGAUGUCCAGUCCCAAUCUGAACAUUGUGACCUUAAUGGGCAGCUGUCUGACUUACAGCAGUGCUUACCUCUUUGGGAUUCAAGAUGUUGUAAUGGGGAGCUCAAUGGAAACUCUCAUUCAGAUAAGACUGUCCAUGCUAUGCAUUGGGACCUCCCUUGUGUUUGGCCCCAUUCUGGGGAAGAGCUGGCGACUCUACAAGGUGUUUACCCAGAGGGUCCCGGACAAGAGAGUGAUUAUCAAAGACCUGCAAUUGCUGGGGCUGGUGGCAGGCCUGGUGAUAGCUGAUGUGAUCCUGCUCGUGACCUGGGUACUGACUGACCCUAUCCAGUGCCUCCAGAUCCUCAGUGUCAGCAUGAUGGUGACAGGGAGAGAUGUGUCCUGCUCUUUGACCAGCACUCAAUUCUGUGCUUCCCGGUACUCGGAUGUCUGGAUUGCUCUUGUUUGGGGUUGCAAGGGUCUGAUGCUGCUGUGUGGCGCCUACCUGGCUGGCCUCACUAACCACGUCAGCUCUCCUCCUGUGAAUCAGUCCUUUACCAUCAUGGUUGGGGUCAACCUCCUGGUACUGGCUGCUGGGCUGCUUUUUGUGGUCACCAGAUACUUGCACUCUUGGCCCAACCUGGUCUUUGGACUCACAUCUGGAGGCAUCUUUGUUUGCACAACCACAAUCAACUGCUUCAUCUUCAUCCCCCAGCUGAAGCAAUGGAAGGCAUUUGAAGAGGAAAACCAAACAAUCAGAUGCAUGGCCAAAUAUUUCAGCACUCCCAGCAGAAGCUUUCCAACCCAGUAUGGUGAGGAACAGAACUGCCGCCCAAGAGGAGAGAAAAGUUCCAUGGAGAGGCUCCUCACGGAAAAAAAUGCUGUGAUUGAAAGCCUGCAGGAACAAGUAAAUAAUGCCAAAGAGAAACUAGUGAGGCUGAUGUCAGCUGAGUGCACCUAUGACCUCCCAGAGUGGGCUGUCCCGCCUGCCUCCUCCCAGAGCAAGGACGUCCAGACCACAGCCUCGGCCCGGCGGCCUUUGGAAGGCCUCUCUGGCUCUCAGAAUGAUACCAGUAUGGCUGCCCAGGACACCCAGCAUAGUUCAGUGCCCCCCUUAGGUGCACUAAGCCCUGAGAGGCCUGAGAAGGACACCAGCCCCUCCCCAGGGCAGCAGAAGAAGUCUGACCUGAAACGCUUUUCUGAUCAUUUAGACUCAUGUUACAGUCAGAAGGCACAGGCUGAGCAAACCAAGAACACAGAAGGAGGAGAGCAGGUAUCGAUGGUCCCCAGCCACAGCCUCCUACCAGCUAGAGGAGGCACUGAUGCCCAGACACUGAGGCAGCUGGAGAACUCAGAGGCACCCCCAGAGCAGCUGUCAAGGGUCAAUUCAGUGAUCAGGGAGAAACUUCAGGAAGUCUUACAAGAUCUGGGCCUAGGCCCUGAGGCUCCACUGUCCUCCUCCCCAGCUCGGCCCCAGCAGCUAUGGAAGACCAGUGCUGCCUUAGGCCCCCAGAAGAUGCCCGUCUCCAAGGAGCUGGGCUUCAGCCCAUACCUGGUUAGGAGAAGGCGGGCAGCUCAGCGUGCUUGCUCGCGCCUUCCUGGCUCUGUACCCUCAUACAGACCAAAUAGGGCUUUUCCUGGGGCACACUGUGGGCUGAAUGUGCAGAAUGCAGACAGCCCUAGCCUGGCCCCCCAAACUGCUGAUUCCAGGGGACCACGACCUUCUUCCAGGAAGCCUCCUCUCCUUCCAGAUCUUCAAGGCAGGCCGAGCACCCUAGAGGAGAACAAACAAAGCCAGAGAGAUCCCCAGGGGACUGCAGGGAGCGACGCGGCCUUUCCUUACCAGCCUCCUGGUCCUGCUGCCCCACGUCUACCCAGACCCUCACCUGACUUGCCUGAGCAGUGGCAGCUGUAUCCCCCCGCGUCCCCAGGCUGUCCCUCCCUGUCUUCUCAGUACGACUACUUUGACACUGAGUCCAGCAGCUCAGAUGAGUUCUUCUGCCACUGCCACCGGCCCUACUGUGAAAUCUGCUUCCAGAGCUCCUCUGAGUCUAGUGACAGUGGCACAUCAGACACUGACCCUGAGCCUGCCAGGGGGGUGGCUUCCUGGGAAAAGCUGUGGGCCCGCUCCAAGCCCAUAGUGAACUUCAAAGAUGACUUGAAACCCACACUGGUGUGAACAGCAGCAGAGCUGGUCUGGACCUACAGGUGAGUCCAUGAGAAGCCAUACGAAGGCCCUCAGGCAGAGAGCCGAUUUCUGGUCUUUGGGGAACAGACCAGUGCCCCGCAUUCAACCAGCCCUUAACGUGUUUCGGCUAUGCUCCAGCUUGCUCACCGUGUUACUGUGAGCACUUCUUGAUCUAUAAAAAGAAGGGUAUUGCCUGUCUUCUUACUACCUCACAACAUCACUGUAAAAGACUCCAGCUGAGUGACCAUAAAAGAUACUGACUCCUUAGAUGAAAGGAGCUAAAUGAGCACAUAGGGUUUCUGUCUGGGUCAGCCUGCAUUCUACAGAACUAGUAAUAUGUGAUACAUAGCAGGUGGACGGCUGAAUGGACAGACAGGCAGAGAAAUGGAUAGGAAAUUUCUGCAGAACUUGCACCAUGGGGUCCAACGGGCCUUUAGGUGGACAGACCUGCCAGGAAGGUGGUAGUUUUGUUUCUGCCAAAGGCUGUGAACAGCACCACCCUGAGAUUCCGGUUUCUGGACCGACUGAACUCAGAGCCACAUCUACACUACUGUUUCUUGUUCACAUCUUUCCACUAUUAUGUCACCUUAGUAUUGUCCUUGAGACAGCCAGAUCUCCACACACCCAGAGGCUACCCAGAUCUUUCUCCUGGGUUCAGAAUGUGCCUGAGACCCAGACUGUCCCUUGCUCCAAUGGCCCAUCCCUUUGACUCUCCCACUGGUGCAAUUUUACACUGAGAGGAAGCACAUACCAGCACUCUCCAUUGGGGCAGGGGAGGUUUUGGUGCCACUGGGAUUACAUGACUACCAAUAACACACAAACCUGGAAGCCGGAUGAGGAAAUCAGAAGGAAGAAAUGAGGAAAGUCUAGCACUGUACUGGACAAAUUUCAGUGAUGCCUCAUGAUAGCCCUGUGGAGUAGACACUCUUGUUUUUAUAGAUGGGGAAUAUGAGGCUUAGAGGAAGGAAGUAACGUCCCUCAGCGCCAUACUGCUGGACAGCAGCCAAUGGAGGACUUACACCUCCUGCAACUCCAAGUUCGUGGACUUCCCUGGGGACACAACUCUUCACUCAUUCUUCUGGGAGUGGCAGGCGAGACUUGGUGGGCCAGACAGUAAAGCAAGGCCAGCGUGAGACACUCACAAUCUGGGAUAACAGAACUGAUUCUUCACCUUGGGAAACAGGCUUCCACUUCCUCACUGCCAUAGGGCACAGCCCCCCAGGGAGCUGGUGAAGGAUGAGCACCAGGAACUUGUCCUCUGCCAAAGCCGCAGGGGGAGCACAGCGGGGUCCACUCUGCUUGUUGCAGAGCUGGUUGUUAACAGGCUGUCCCCUGCCCCAGUCCCACGUGUACAUCUGUGGGUGUUCACGUGUUUAUGUGAAGGACGUUGGCCCUCAUUAGAUGUGCUCAGUGGGGGCAUUUGGCUCUACAGGUCUUGGAGAUUUAUCCUGGACUCUUGAGGCUGCUGACACCCCGUGAUUCCUCAGCCACUGGACCAACAGGCCCUCCUGGUAGCACAGCUUCUGACAUCUACUUUAACAUAUUAACUUCUUAAUUUAUUCUGUGUGUGGGUUUAUAAUUUGUUCUGUGUUUGCUGUCCAAGUGGUACUUUAAUAAAAGAGAAAUGCAAAGCUCUUCAGAAAUUUUAGUUUGGGGCUGGGGAAGAAGGGACCUGAGUAGAGUGAACCACCCAAAA